AUGCCUGCCAAUCUCGGUAUCCGUGCGAUCUCCGCUACUCCGGGAACCGUUGCGAAAUUCACUACCUUGUUCAGGGCAGAAAUUCCUCUUAGAUUCGAAACAGGUAUUGCAACUGAUUGGGGAGAAACAGAAUUUCAUUCUAGCAGUACUGAAAUGACACACGAAAAUAUGAAAUCAUCAAGAAAAAAAAUAUUCGCAUGUCACAUUUGCGGUAAGGGCUAUAGACGAGAAGAUAACUUAACGAGUCACUUUCGUAUUCAUUCGGGUGAAACACCACAUAAGUGUGACGAAUGUGGCGAGGCAUUCAGUCUCAAGUCAACUCUGGUCACACAUCGCAAAAAACAUGUUGGCGAGAAAUCACAUAAAUGUGAGACUUGUGGUCUCGAAUUCGACUUAACGGUCGAUUUAAAGAGACACCAAAAGAAACACAGAGGGGAUAAACCUCACAUAUGUGAUUUCUGUGGUAAAGGGUUCCGCGUGACAGGGAAUUUACGAUCCCACCUAAGGACGCAUACAGGCGAGAAACCUCAUAAAUGUGAUAUCUGUGGCAAAGGCUUCAAUGAAACCGGUAACCUUCGUCAGCACCUGAUGACUCAUAGAAAUGCUGGGGAGAAGUCAUGCAUCUGUGAUGUCUGUGGUAAAGGAUUUGAUCAGCCAUCAUAUCUUGGGAAGCAUCUUAGAAUUCAUUCCGGGGAAAAGCAAUUCAAAUGUGAGGUAUGCGGGAAAGCCUUCAACAAAAAGUUUAACCUUCAAACACACAACAAGACUCAUACGGGAGAGAAACCACACAAAUGUUACGUUUGUGGCAAGGGGUUUGGUCUCGCUGCAAGUAUGAGACGGCAUCUUCUUAUGCAUACGGGAGAAAAACCGCACAUGUGUUUUAUCUGUGGGAAAAGUUACCAACAGAAGGAAAGUCUUCAGCAACACCACAAGAAAGUACACAAUACAUAG